CACACUUUUUGUAUUGGACAUGGACCAAAGAAGCCAACCAAUACCAAUCCAGCCAUUCCAACGAUGUUUCCUUCGUUAUUGCAUUUCUGUUUGAAUCAACGUUGUCUGCAUGAAAUAUUUGUAUCUUCUCCCAAAACAACAUUCGGUUCACAGCGAUUUGCAACUGUCCGCGGGAUCGUCAUGAGUAAAAGAAAGGCUCCCGAUACUUCUAACAAUCUAAACCACGAUUUGUGCGAUUUUUUAACAGAGCUGGCAAAUUACGAGCGCAACGUGAACAAAAAUGUCUUUAAAUACAACGCCUACCGAAAAGCGUCAAACACUCUGGCUGGUUUACCCGAGAGAGUCAAAUCCGGCAAAGAAGCGAAAAAGCUCCCGGGAAUCGGCGAUAAAAUCGCUAAGAAGAUCGACGAGUUUCUCGAUACCGGAAAACUGAGGAAACUAGAGGAUAUAAGGAAAGAUGAGAGCAAUGUGGCGAUCAAUUUGCUGACGAGAAUCACCGGAAUCGGUCCUGCCAAAGCUAAGGAGCUGGUCAAUGCUGGAAUUACGACGAUCGAGGAUUUGAAGAAAAAUCAGGAUAAGCUGACGCACCACCAAAAAAUUGGCCUAAAGUAUUUUGAAGACUUCGAGACCAAGAUUCCCAGAGAAGAGAUUGAAGCUCUCGAAAGCGUGGUAAAGAAAUCCAUCACUGAUAUUGAUAAGGAUUACAUCGUCACUAUUUGCGGAAGUUACAGGCGUGGAAAACAGCAGAGCGGUGAUAUCGAUGUUCUUUUGACGCAUCCAAGUUACACGUCGGAAAGUAAAGAAGCAAAAAAACACUCCACACUCUUGAAAUCCGUUGUUAAAAAACUCGAGGAUGAAAAGUUGAUAACUGAUACUAUCUCGCACGGAGAUUCAAAAUUUAUGGGUGUCUGUCGGUUGGAUGAAGAUAAACCAUUUAGAAGAAUAGAUAUUCGAUUAGCUCCCCAUGACCAGUAUUACUGUGCUGUACUGUACUUCACAGGAAGCGAUUUGUUCAACCAGAAUAUGAGAAUGCAUGCAUUGGAAAAAAAGUACACGUUGAAUGAAUAUACUCUUAAAAAAUUGACCCCUGAAGGUACACCGGGAAAUGCUGAAAAUAUUAGUUGUGAAGAGGACAUAUUCAAAAUUAUUGGAAUGCCAUACAAGAAACCGGAGGAACGAAAUGUAUAAAAUAAUAUUUUUUAAAGAAAAUGUAAGACUCGUUUGAUUUUUGAUACUAAUGUAAAAAGUAUUUAUUA